AGUUAAGGUUGGGGUCAGAAUUUGUCCACGCCAGAAAGGCAAUCCACCAGCUACCAGCCAUUGACGCUUUUCCUUAUCUCUCUUUCCAUCCCAACACUUUCCAUUUGGCUUCUCACCAAUGGCUUCCCUCACUCUCCCAAACCACUAUCUUCCCACCUUGCUUCGCCCUCACUCUGCCACCAACCCAUCUUCCCAAAACCUCCCUCUUCCUUCCACGCCACCAAAUUCUCACUUUUUCGGCCUCAAGUUAUCUCAUUCUGCCGUUUCCUCAAUUCCUUCUUCUUCUUCACUUAAACCCUCCAUUUUCGCCAAGGUCAGUAAAGGCUCAAAGCCACCGAAUUUCACACUCAAAGAUCAGAAUGGAAAGAAUGUGAGCCUCGCCAACUUCAAAGGAAAACCGAUAGUUGUGUAUUUCUACCCUGCUGAUGAGACUCCUGGCUGUACCAAACAGGCUUGCGCUUUCAGGGAUUCAUAUGAGAAGUUCAAGAAAGCAGGAGCAGUGGUUGUUGGGAUAAGUGGAGAUGAUCCUUCCUCUCACAAGGCAUUUGCCAGCAAGUACAAACUUCCAUUUACAUUGUUGAGUGACGAGGGUAACAAAGUGAGGAAAGAAUGGGGAGUGCCGGGUGAUUUCUUUGGAUCGUUGCCUGGAAGAGAGACUUAUGUUAUUGACAAAAAUGGGGUGGUUCAGCUCGUCUACAAUAACCAGUUCCAACCAGAAAAGCAUAUUGAUGAGACCCUCAAAAUACUUCAGAGCCUUUGAGGCUUCUGAUUCUUUUGCUUUCUAUGAAAGUUUGUAACCACUGUAAUUAUGUAGCUGAUUUUGGAGCCUUUGAUCACAUUCACAUGAAGGUCAUGAUAACUAUUCUCCUAUAGAGAGCAAACAUUUAUAACCUCUCCGGAUGGAAAUAAUGCCUUCAUUUGCCACAAAUACAGUGAGAUUAUGUAUGUAUCUUUUGCACAUCGUGUGUUUAGCUUCAAUUAAUAAAGUGACCAUCCAUUAUAAUUUCUAUA